AAUCCUUGAAUUCCUAGCGUAGUACAUGCAAAUGACUAUUAUUUAAAAAAAACGCAGUUAAACUAUUUGUAUUUUCAGUACCGUGUUUCAAUAUGUGCAUUUCAGGCGUAAAAAAUCAGUGUGUGCUAAUAUAGCCAAUAUUGCACGACGGUUAGCCACACUGGAGCAACUCGGCUCUGAAGCCAACUGAGCCGAUUCAAUCCAAUCUGAUAUUGGCGCUUUGUUAUGGUGGUUGACGGCAUUGCAUUCUGCCGUCGCUUCUGCACCCGACUUGUUGCGGCUGAAACAUCUGAAUACAAAGCAAAUGCCUGGGAAAAACAAAUUGCAAGGCGCGUGGCUUCACAACGAGGCUUACAAAGACUGGAUUGCACUAGAUACGACGAGUGAGCACCGUGCAAGAUGCAGGCCUUGCGGAAAGACCUUCGAUAUCACCAACAUGGGCGAGUCGGCGUUAACGAGCCAUAUGAAGAGUGCUAAGCAUGCUGGUGUCAUGGAGAUUGCAGCCAACAGUUCGGUGCGAAGGUACUUAGUUCCAAGUACGGGGAAACAGUCAGCUGUCCCACCUCCUUCGCAAUAGGGAAAUCUAGACGAUGCUUGCAAGGCACACGAGCUGGUGACGAACGCGGAGAUUCUGUGGACUUUGAAAGUUGUCACAUCGCAUUUCUCCUAUCGGUCGUUGUCGGAAGCAGGCCAGCUAUUCCAGCGUAUGUUCCCGGACAGUGGCGUGGCCAAAGCAUUUUCUUGCGGAGAGAAAAAAUGUGCCUAUGUGACGUGCCCUGGUCCGAGGCCCUUCUUUUUAUCUGCUCUGCAACGGGAUAUAAAAGAUUGCGAUUACUACGUGGUACUCUUCGACGAGUCCACGAACGACUAUCUCCAGCGGAAACAAUUGGAUGUUCACAUCCGGUUUUGGAAUUCGUCUCACAAGGUGGCAACGAGGUACUAUACCUCGGUGUUUAUCGGGCACUCGACAUCCGAAGACAUCCAAGGAACGCUGCUGACUGCGCUCGAGCCUUUCCCUCUUGAGAAAAUUCUUCAGAUUUCAAUGGAUGGUCCCAAUGUUAACCUGAAGUUACUCAAGAAUUUCCAAGAGCACCUGCAUCAAGCAUACCAAGUUCAAUGUCUGGACAUUGGGACUUGUGGCCUCCACACCAUGCACAACGCCUACAGGGCGGGUGUUACAGCAUGUAAGUGGGGACUUGACUGUCUGCUCUCCAGUCUGAGCGCGCUUUUCCAUUGUUCUCCUGCAAGAAGGGAGGACUUCUCAGCAGUUACUGGUCAGGAUACUUUUCCCCUGAACUUUGUUGCUCACUGGUGGUUGGAGAAUGUGCCUGUGAUAGAGAGAGCCUUGCUCUUGUGGUGUGACAUUAAGAAGUUUAUUGCAGCUGCAAGGAAGAAGGAAGUAAACCCCCCAAAGUGUGGAUCAUUUCACAACUUGUGUGAGUUUGCCAGUGAUGACCUACUGCUAGCAAAGCUUCAAUUUGCGCUGGGUGUGGCCAUGACCCUCAUGCCAUUCCUCACUGAGUACCAAACGGAUCAGCCCAUGGUGUUCUUUCUUGCAAGGGACUUGGAAACUGUGGUCAGGAAGCUACUGACGAAGUUUCUGAAGUGCUCGGUCUUGUCUUCAGCAAAAGGAGCCACUGGUCUGCUGAUGGUGGACAUUGAAAGCACCGAGAACCACACUCCACUUGAAAAGGUGGAUGUAGGCCAUGCCGCUGAACAGACUGUCAGGAAAACUAAAGCAAGCCAAAAGGACGUGUUCCAAUUCCGCAUGGAAUGCAAACGCUUCUUCAUCAGUGUGACAAAGAAGGUGCUUGAGAGAAGCCCACUGAGAUUCCCAAUCGUGAGGAGUUUGUCCUCUCUGGACCCAUGACAAAUGUGUACUAAACCAGAUGAGUGCCUGGCCGGCUUCAGAAGAGUGUUGGAUGCCCUCAUUACAGCGGGCAGAAUGUCUGAGCACCAAAGAGACACUGUACUAGGGGAGUACACCGAGUUCCUGCAGGAAGAGAUGCAUAACCUGCGAAUGUUUGAGAAGAACGUAAACAGGUUGGACGAGUUCUUGACUGAGCUGAUGAAGUUUAAUUCAUCAUGUGGGGAACUGUGGAAGGUUGUCAAACUUUUGCUCGUGCUCAGCCACGGACAGGCUACUGUGGAGCGAGGGUUUAGCGUGAACCGCCAGGUUGCUGUAGAAAACCUGAAGGACCUGUCGUACAUUUCGCAACGUAUUGUGUGCGAUGCUGUGGACAAGGCAGGGGGCGUCCUUAACGUCCCUAUUACAAAAGAGCUGAGGAUUGCUGUAUCAGCUACCCGGCAGCAGUAUGCUGCAUAUCUGGAAGCAGAAAAAAAGAAGCAAUGUGAUCAAGUAAGGAAAUCAAAGAGGCGUUGCAUUGACGAAGAGAUUGACGCAAUGAAAAAAGAAAAAAGAAAAAGAAACUCGAGGCAACAAUAGCUGACCUCCAGGCUUCAGCGGAUACCUAUGCCGAAAAGGCAGAAGCAGCAAAUAAUCUGAAGUAUGUGGUCAGAUCAAAUAGUCUGAGGAAGGCUGCACGUAGCAAGACUGAGGAACUGUGUAGCCUCAACCAGAAGAUUCAGGAAAAGCGGCAGGA